UAUUACUUUAAGCAUGGAAGAUUGAAAAAAAGCAAAAAGAGAAAAAAAGCUGCUUCUUUCAUACCACAAAUCACACACUUCACAAAGACAUAAACUCUUUUGAUUUUGGAUUUGGAUGCUUCCUUCUAUUUUCCUUAGCAUCCAAACAUUCCCUUCUUCAUCCUCUGAACGCAUUUAGUUCAGAUUCUUCUUCGUCUUCUUCUUUACUGAGUUACCGAGUUCUGACUCGUUCAAUGCUCAACCAGAAGACUUGUUCAACCUCGGCGACGUUCUGCAAGAUCUUAGCUUAAUCCUUCUUCGAUAACAUCACGGAGCGCUUCUUCACUUGCCUUCGGACUUCGAUCGUAGCUUCAUCUUACUCUUCUCUGAGGGAAGAUGUCUAGAACAUCCAGUGUCCCACCUGCCUUCCAAUCUAUCAAGUCAUUGCCUCCCGACUUCAAAGUUGCCAAUAAUCUGAACGGUGGUCUUUCAAGCAAGAAUGGAGAUGUUAGAUUGAGAAGCGGUGAUCCAGUUCGAUCAAGUAGUCCUGCAAAUGGUGCACUAGUAGUGGAGGUUUCUAAGGAAGUUCACAACUGUGCUAGCAACAUGGAUGUUUUCGAUGAGGAUUCGCCUUAUAGUGGACAGGUUAGGUUGUUAGAAGAAGACAGGCCAUCAAAUGGGGAUGAAGACUCAGAAUCUGUUCCUUUGCCCCUCUCCUCAAAUUCUACAUCCACUAGAGAAAGCAGGUGGUGUGAUACAACUCCUUAUGCUUCAAAGAAGAAGGUUCAGUGUUGGCUUCAACUUUCAAAUGGGAAUUGGGAGCUAGUGAAGAUAAUAAGAUCUUCUGGAACUGAGUCUGUUGUUUCACUGCCUGAUGGGAAAGUUUUAAAGGUACACGAUGAAAGCUUAGUAUCAGCAAACCCUGAUAUUCUUGAUGGAGUGGAUGACCUCAUGCAACUUAGUUAUUUAAACGAACCUUCAGUCUUAUACAACUUACAAUAUAGAUACAACCAGAAUAUGAUCUAUACAAAAGCAGGGCCUGUUUUGGUUGCCAUAAAUCCCUUCAAGAAAGUUCCUCUGUAUGGUAAUGAUUAUAUUGAAGCCUACAAGCGUAAAAGAAUUGAAAGCCCUCAUGUGUAUGCCAUUACUGACACAGCCAUCCGAGAAAUGAUACGGGAUGAAGUAAAUCAAUCUAUAAUUAUAAGUGGCGAGAGUGGAGCAGGGAAGACUGAGACAGCAAAGAUAGCAAUGCAGUACUUAGCUGCCCUUGGUGGUGGAAGUGGAAUAGAGUAUGAGAUAUUGAAGACUAAUCCAAUACUAGAAGCUUUUGGUAAUGGAAAAACAUUGAGAAAUGACAACUCAAGUCGUUUUGGGAAGCUCAUUGAGAUUCACUUCAGUGAAACUGGAAAAAUAUGUGGUGCUAAUAUCCAAACAUUUCUUCUGGAAAAGUCUAGAGUUGUCCAAUGCAAUGAAGGUGAAAGGUCCUAUCAUAUAUUUUAUCAGCUAUGUGCUGGGGCGCCACCAUCUCUAAGGGAGAAGCUAAAUCUAAGAAGUGCUGAAGAAUACAAAUAUCUUAGGCAGAGCAAUUGUUACUCAAUUGUUGGUGUUAAUGAUGCAGAAGAAUUUCGCAUAGUCGUGGAAGCACUGGAUGUUGUCCAUAUUAGCAAAGAAGACCAGGAGAGUGUAUUUGCAAUGCUUGCUGCGGUAUUAUGGUUAGGAAAUGUAUCGUUUACAGUGAUUGAUAAUGAAAAUCAUGUUCAAGCUGUUGAAGAUGAGGGGCUGUUCAGCGUUGCCAAGUUGAUUGGCUGUGACAUUGAAGAUCUCAAGUUUACAUUAACAACUCGCAAAAUGAAAGUUGGUAAUGAUAAUAUUGUCCAAAAGUUGAAACUUUCUCAGGCUAUUGAUGCAAGAGAUGCUUUGGCGAAGUCAAUAUAUUCCUGUUUGUUUGAUUGGAUAGUUGAACAAAUAAACAAAUCUCUUGCUGUUGGUAAAAGACGCACAGGCAGAUCAAUAAGUAUUCUAGAUAUCUAUGGCUUUGAAUCAUUCAAUAGGAACAGUUUUGAGCAGUUCUGCAUAAAUUAUGCUAAUGAGAGAUUACAGCAACACUUCAAUCGUCAUUUGUUUAAGUUAGAACAAGAGGAAUAUAUACAAGAUGGGAUUGAUUGGGCUAAAGUUGAAUUUGAAGAUAACCAAGAUUGCCUUAAUCUUUUUGAAAAGAAACCAUUGGGCUUACUAUCCCUGUUGGAUGAAGAGUCCACAUUCCCAAAUGGCACAGAUUUAACAUUUGCCAACAAGCUUAAGCAACAUUUGAAUUCUAAUUCUUGUUUCAAAGGAGAACGAGACAAGGCCUUUACCGUAUGUCAUUAUGCAGGGGAGGUAAUUUAUGAUACAACUGGAUUCCUGGAGAAGAACAGAGACUUGUUGCACUUGGAUUCCAUCCAACUUCUCUCCUCAAGUACAUGUCAUCUUCCUCAGAAAUUUGCGACCCAAAUGCUUACUCAGACUGAGAAGCCUGCAGUUGGUCCCUUACACAAGUCAGGUGGAGCAGAUUCCCAAAAGCUAAGUGUUGCCACAAAAUUCAAGGGACAACUAUUCCAACUGAUGCAACGUUUAGAGAGCACUACACCACAUUUUAUCCGCUGCAUUAAACCUAAUAACCUCCAAUCACCUGGAUUAUACGAGCAAGGCCUCGUACUGCAGCAGCUGAGAUGUUGUGGGGUCCUGGAAGUAGUUCGAAUAUCUAGAUCAGGCUUUCCCACUAGAAUGUCCCACCAAAAGUUUGCCAGAAGAUAUGGUUUUCUUCUAACCCGUAUCUUGUUGACUUGGGAAUGGUGUAUCAGAUAUGGUUUUCUUCUCCUUGAAAAUGUUGCAUCUCAAGAUCCACUUAGCGUUUCUGUUGCAAUUCUUCAUCAGUUUAACAUUUUGCCAGAAAUGUAUCAAGUUGGUUACACAAAACUAUUUUUCAGAACAGGACAGGUUGGAGUGCUUGAAGAUACUAGAAAUCGUACGCUCCAUGGAAUUUUGCGUGUGCAAAGUUGCUUCAGGGGUUACCAAGCUCGUUUGUACCGCAAAAAUCUUUGGAGAUCAAUCACUACUCUUCAAUCAUUUAUUAGGGGAGAGAAAAGCAGAAAGGAAUAUGCAGCUUCAGUGCACAGACAUAGAGCUGCUGUGGUUAUACAAAAGAAGACGAAAACAAUAUUGGCGAGAAACAGAUUGAAGACUACCAUUGAUGCUGCAGUUGUCAUACAAUCAUUUAUCCGUGGUUGGUUAGUCAGAAGAUGCUCAGGGGAUCUAAGUUUACUGAAAUCUGGAGGCACAAAGACUAAUGAGUCAGAUGAGGUUCUGGUGAAGUCAUCUUUCCUAGCUGAAUUACAACGCCGGGUACUUAAAGCUGAAGCUGCCCUCAGAGAGAAAGAAGAGGAAAAUGACAUCCUACAACAACGUCUUCAACAGUAUGAUAACAGAUGGUCUGAAUAUGAAUUGAAGAUGAAAUCCAUGGAAGAAGUGUGGCAGAAACAAAUGAGAUCCCUACAAUCUAGCCUAUCCAUUGCAAAGAAGAGUCUUGCUAUGGAUGAUUCUGAAAGGAAUUCAGAUGCAUCUGUUAAUGCAAGUGAUGACAGGGAUUAUAGCUGGGAUAUGGGAGGUAAUCAUAGGCGCCAAGAAAGCAAUGGAACAAGAUCAAUGAGUGCUGGUUUAAGUGUUAUAAGCCGGUUGGCUGAAGAAUUCGAGCAGAGGAGUCAAGUUUUUGGUGAUGAUGCAAAGUUCUUGGUUGAAGUAAAAUCUGGCCAAGUUGAAGCCAGUUUGAACCCAGACAAAGAACUUAGGAGAUUAAAGCAGAUGUUUGAAGCUUGGAAGAAGGAUUAUGGAGCAAGACUGAGGGAAACAAAGGUCAUUUUGAAUAAGCUUGGAAGUGAAGAUGGGUCAAUUGAGAAAGCCAAGAAGAAAUGGUGGGGAAGAAGGAAUAGCACAAGGAUGAAUUGAUUUAUUUUUCUUCUAAAUAUAUAUAAUAUAAUCUGAAAGUGAGGAAAAUACAAUAGGAAAUAUAAAAUAGGUGUAAUUGGGUUGGCUGUUGCUACUUGCUAGCCACCUUUUUUAUUUAUCAAAAAUUUCGGCAUACAUACAAGCUUGUGAGUUGUGAUUUGUGUAUAUCAUUCCCUCCUUUUUGGUAUGUCAAUUGCAUCUAUAUCAGAAUUUCUUU